UGGAGAAUUAAAACCGAAAACGGGCACUGCUGGAUGCAAACAAUCAGUGGCCAUUUCACUUUUACUUCAAAACUAAAGCAUCAUUCUGAUCCUUUUCAGUGGGAUUCAGGGUUCAGUUCUGUUCAGUCGUUUGACUCAUUGGUAGCUGCGCUUAAGACAGUCGCUCUUUCUUGACCGUUUCCUUCAUUCACGAUGUCCGAUCAGCCGCUAACUUUACCCGUGUGCAGGCGCCUGACGUACGCCGUGGGACAUUUCUUCAACGACCUCUGCGCGUCUAUGUGGUUCACGUAUUUACUGGUGUAUUAUCACUCGGUUCUCGGUUUCAGGGAUACGAACGCAGGUGCGCUGCUGCUGGUCGGUCAGCUCGCGGACGGGAUCUGCACUCCGCUCAUCGGUUACGAGUCCGAUCGGACGUCAGGAUGUGGGAAGUAUGGGAAAAGAAAGACCUGGCAUUUAGUGGGCACUACAAAUGCAACCAACCAAAGUCAUGCUGCAGAAAAGGUCCAAAUGAUGUCACUUCCCGAGUGUCAUCAUUACACAGCACUAACUGUUCAGUUUACUGUCCAUUUCCUCCCAGGAACAAUAAGCGUGUUUGCCUCCUUUCCCUUCAUAUUCAAUCCCUGCAUUGGAUGUGAUGAGAAAACCCCACAGACCGCAGGACUGAUUUACGCCAUCCCAUUCAUCAUUAUCUUCCAAUUCGGCUGGGCUGCUACUCAGAUAUCCCAUCUGUCGCUCAUUCCUGAACUGGUCACAUGUGAGCACGCCAAAGUGGAACUAACAUCAUAUAGGUAUGCUUUUACAGUGGUGGCAAACAUUGCGGUAUAUGCUGUGGCGUGGAUCUUGUUCCACUUCCAAUCCCAACAUACAGAAGACCCAUCGAUUUCCCAGAGUCUGGGCUGGGUUGAUGUUCCCACAUUCAGAUAUCUGGCACUCAUAAUAUGGGCCAUCGGUACUGUUACCUCCGUCAUCUUUCACCUGGGCACUAAGGAAGAAGGAGUCCAGCCUCAGGAGGGUGAAGAGACUGGGAAAUCUCAGCCUUCAAUCCCCGGCUCUUCCCAGAUCUCCGGACCCCUACUACUGUGGAAACACUGGCUCAUUGAGCCUGCCUUCUAUCAGGUAGCAGUACAAUAUAUGUGCACAAGACUGAUUGUAAAUUUGUCCCAAACAUACAUCCCAAUGUAUCUGACAAACUCCUUAUCACUUCCAAAGAACUACAUUGCAGCUGUUCCCCUGGUCAUGUACGUCAGUGGGUUUGUGUCUUCUCUGGUUAUGAAGCCUGUUAACAAAUGGAUCGGCACCUCUAUGGCCUAUUUUGUAGGCCUUGUGCCCAUAAUGGUGUUUUCCUUUUGGGUUUUGGUGGACACAAACAUGGGUACACGGGUUUAUGGAGCCGCCGUGCUGCUGGGAGCUGGAUCUGCUGUCAUUCUGGUCAUGUCACUGUCCAUGACUGCCAAACUCAUCGGCGAUCAAAGACAAAGUGGUGCUUUUGUGUACGGUGCAAUGAGCUUCACUGAUAAGGUGGCAAAUGGAAUUGGAGUGAUGAUAAUACAGGCUUUACAUCCCUGUCACACACUGGACUCUGACUGCAAAUGGUUUUUCCGCACUGUCAUGGUGAUUGUCACCGGCGGUGUGGCUGGCGUUGCUGCUCUCUGUCUCUCUACCCUUCUCAUCUGGCCCAUCGCAAUUCGCCGACGUCUCGCGGUCAUCAGUGGGCUGAUGGGUACACAUGACGAUGAGACGAACAGCCGUGAGAUCAAUGGUAUACUGAACUGACAGGUGUGUUAAAAACGUGAAAAAACUCAACAUUCUGUGAAAGACUGGGCCGCACUGCAGAGGAAACACUGUGUUUCCUUUUGUAACUAACCAGGAACAAGGAAGAGAAGAAAAUUUGCUGCGCUGUGGUCACGAGUGCUUGUCUCAGCACUUCGGAGAUGCGAGUUUCAGCAUUGUUCUUACACUGUCAACAGGCUCUUUGUGUGACGUUUUAAAAUAUGAACUCAGGUCUGUCACAUGGAGUGACAACUCGAACAGGACAACAAUAAUACAACACAUUCAAGAGGAAGUUGCUCUGCUGAAAAUUUACCAAACCUUUUUGAGGAUUCCAAUGGAAAUGAAAAACACUUCUAGUCUGUAUGCUAACAUUGUAAAGUGCCUUUUGAAUACAUUACAGAAACUGGCCAUUCUUGAAAGUUUUGCAGAUGCUUUUAUGCAAAGUGUCUUGCUGUAAAGUUGGAAUAGCACAAAUAUGUUUGCAGUAAAGCUUGUUCAGGCGGUUAUGCCUGUACUGUUUUGAAGUGGUACACGUGAUACUUGUAAGAGAGUUGUCACUUUUUUAUUAAAACUGAAAGUUUUGGGGAUGGUGUCAUUCCAUUUCCUGUUGCCACUGGUUCUGCAUUUACAUUCUAUGGACCAGAACAAAGAAAUCUUCACGGCUUAAUUUAUUGACACAACCAUUUUUAAGCUGUUUACUGCUUUGCCUAGAGAAAACUAGCUAGUCGGCCACAUUAAUACUUUGUCGCUUUGACCUGUAGCUGUUACAUGGCAGUUACAUUUUUAUCCACUAGAGGGAGUCAUGUUAAGGAGCUUCGUGGCCCUGCAGUGGAUUUUGGAAAUUCACAAAGUAGAAAAAGAACUUCAUUUUGGCCAUUGUUAUACAUCAUGUUUGACAUCCAACUUAUGUAAUUAAAAAUAAACAG